AUGGAAUACAAAAACAAAAAGUUUAUAGUAUUUCCAAAUACAAAUACAGAUUUGGAGAGGAAAUUAAAGAUAGUUAUUUUGCCUAAUCCUUAUGUUAACGUACUCUGCGAGUAUUUAUUUGAUUCAAAUCACAAUGAAGUAUAUGAAAUUCAGGAAAUGGCAGAAAGGUCUAAUGGGAUCACACCAUCUGCAUUUUUUGGAAAUGACUGUAUUUCGAAGUUAGAAUUUUGUGGGGCAAUGAAUAUUGAUACUUUCUUCUUUUUGCUGUCAGCUUUAGCCUUUGCUAGAAAUAAGCAGUAUAUUAAUAAAGAGCUUUCUCAAAUAGUAUCAUAUUAUAUCAGUAAUCUUAAACUAGAACUAGAACAGAGUGAUCUUGACUUAUUUGACCAAGCUGAGGCAAAUAUUAGAGAGCUGUUUCAGGAAUUUCUUUCAGACACAAAAUUAAUUGAAAAAAUUAAAAAGGUUUGUGAUAUUUUACAAGAAGGAAAUGAACCACCUAAUGGAAAAAAUUACUCUACUAAACUCACCUUAAACGACGAAAAACUUCUAGAUUAUCUUUCUGGAAGAAUAAUUAAGGCUGCAAAAAUCGCAUCUGAAAGAGAUCUUGUUUUUAAAGAAUAUUAUAAUGACUCUGAAAUAAUUUCUCCACAGGCCUCACUCUCACAAGUUCCCGCUCAAGAAAUUGCAUGUGAUUUAUUAUUUGCAUGCAUACCUAAAGUCCUAUCAAACGUUAGAGAGAGAUUAAAGAGAAGAUUUGGAGAGUUUAAAACAAAAAAUGAGUUGGGAAACACUGAAAAAAAUAGUAUUACUUUGAGCAAACAUCCAAAGAAUCAAUAUAUUGGAGUCAAAAAAGGUAUUAAAAGAAACCCUCCAGUAAUUACAAAACCAACAUCAUCAAAAAGGGCGCUACCUCAUAAAUCCUCAAAGCUUAUGGUAAAUAAUGACAUAUCAAACGGAAAUAUACUUCAUUUUUUGAAAAAGAAAAAAACAGAGUAG